UUCCGUAACAGAUUAUAUUUCCUAUUCCAUACUCAAACUUCAACCGGAAUCAUUCAAGAACGAUUGCGAUGACCCCGUUGAGCAUGCGCAGGAUGCAGAGGCGAGCCUCGGAACUUGUCCGUGAUUUGUACGAAUCGAUGCUGAUUUUGACGACGGGACUGCUGAUGCUGUGGAACCAGUGGCAUGUGGUGCGCAUAGUCAAUGCCAAGAAGCUGCCCGAUGAGCUGCUGGAAGAGCCAGCCCUCAGUUGGUCAACCAUAUUCUUUGCGGGUGGCCUGCUGCUAACCUUGGCCCAGUAUCGGCCGCAGUGGAUCAAGCGGCGUGGUGCAGUGGUGCGGAAUAUGCUGAUGCUGCUUGAGCUGUUCGCCAUGCUCUUCGUGGUGGAUUAUGUGCUGCUGUCCAUAUGGCAACCAUUUCUCAAUAUAUUCGAUCAGGCGCUGCACGCCGUGGCCCAUUCCAAAAGGGCGUGGCCAAGAUUCAUUUUCCACCACUGUCCUGGACUUUCCGCAUGGCUGAUUAACGAUGCUUUCGCAUUUAUGCGCUCGGCGGCAUCGUUAUCGUGGCUCCUGCUCGCCAUCGAGGUGGCAUCCCCUCGAUGGCGUCUGGCAAUUGAUUUUCUGCUGCUGGGCCAACUGCCCGCAACGAAUGCAUUACCGGGCAAGCGACGCAAUCGUCAUCUGUCCAAGAGACAAUCUAUCCAAAAUUAACUUUGCUCUGAUUUAUCAAAUUCUGGCGGAGGCUCAAAAAGUCAAUCCAAAUCCAUCACUUACAAAAGUGAAAACUAACUCCAAAACUAAAUUAUAAAAGUAUUACUAAUAAAUGCAUAGAUAAGGGCAAUUAUCUUCAGACA